AUGGAAUCGGAUGAAAACGAAAGUUUUGAAACACCCCCAGUAACAUUCGAGUUGAAUUUACCUGAGGAUAUGAAUUCAGGAGAGGUUCUUAGUCUUCUAGAAGUACUCCAGUCAGAUGUCCAAGGUUUUGAUGAGAUGCUUUUGAAUGCAGUUACAGACAUUCAAGAAGACCAAACUUUAGAAGCAGUUACAAAAACUGAGCUGCAACCUAGUAGUAGUACUGAAGUCUCACACAUAAACACAAAUUUACAGCCUCUACCAGACAGCAUUUCAGAAGUGACUACUGCUCAGAGAUUCAAGACCUUACAGGAACAGGACCUGCUGGAGAUUGAAACUAACCAAUACAGCAACUCGACAAAGAAAAAUACCAAAUGGGGCAUUGGUGUCUUUAAUGCAUGGUGUAUGGAAAGACUGAAUGAGGUUUUAAACUUACAUACAAUUUCUGCACCUGUAUUAGAUGAGAAUUUGAGGAAAUUCUACGCAGAAGCACAGCCAAAGAAUUUGAGUAGUCGUGUGCAGAAGAUGCCUCAGGAACAUGCAGCUGAAUACCACAAAAAUUCCAUGAAAAAUGUAAGGGCGGCCAUCAAUAGAUAUUUAAAAGACAUAGGGAGACAAAUUGAUAUUGUGAAGGACACUGAAUUUAAAAGCUCAAAUGCCAUGCUCAGUUCAAAGCUGAAAUUCAACCUUAAACAAGGCCUCUCCAGACCAACAAAACACUAUGGUGCAAUUCCUAAUGAAGACCUGAUGAUGAAAAUAAACACCUACCUUUCAGGAAAGAAUCCGGUAGUGCUAAGAUUCAGGAUCUGGUACCUUUUGGCAAUUCACUUUGUCAGUCGGGGAUGUGAAUUUCACCACCAAUUAUCACUUCAGUCCUUGAAAUUUCAAAAGGAUGAAAAUGGCAUAGAAUACAUAACCAUUACACAUGAGACGCAUCAAAAAAACCACCAAGGAGGGUUAGAUGGGAGCUCUGAGGAAGCACAGGACAAACGCAUGUAUGCUACUGGAAAAGAAACCUGUCCUGUCCAAUCUAUGAAAUUAUUCAUCUCUAAAACUGACCCCAAAGCCACCUCCUUAUUCAAUGAGUGUGACAAAGAUGCACUGCAUUCUGAGGAUCCCGAAGCUCACGACAUUUGGUAUUCAAAUGUUCCAGUAAAACCAAAAAAGUUUACUACAUUUAUGCCAGACAUAUGUAAAAAUGCUACCACAAAGAGAUACACAGCACAUUCUUUGAGAACAACCUCCAUAACAGCUAUGAGCGACGCAGGACUGACAGACAGGAACAUCAUGUUCAUGUCGGAUCACAAAUGUGAAGAGUCUCUGAAAUCCUAUUGCCGUCGCCCCAGUGUUCAACAAAAAAAAAUGAUCAGUUCCGUUCUAGGAAGCGUUGCUGCUGGAGUCGGUGUAGAGAGAAACCCAGACUUACCUGUCGUCCCUGCUCAAGGCCUACCUGAUCCAAUCUGCCCACCCCCUGCAGCUCUUGUUGCAAAUCAAAGCCUAAAUAUUAAUCGUGAAUCCAGCCUUCUUACAGGUUUUGGCUCUUACUCGAUGUUCAAGGAAUGCACCUUCCACUUCAACCAUUAG